AUGCCAACGAGUUCUCGUUUUCGCAUUUCUUCUAAAAAUAUUUUUCUAACAUAUCCCCACUGCUCUCUUACAAAAGAGGAAGCUCUCUCAAUUAUUCAAAACCUAAAUACCCCAGUAAGCAAGAAAUACAUCAAGAUUUGCAGAGAAGUUCAUGAAAACAGGGAGCCUCAUCUCCACGUGCUUAUCCAAUUCGAAGGGAAGUACACAUGCACGAAUAACAGAUUCUUCGAUCUUGUCUCUCCAACCAGGUCAACACAUUUCCAUCCAAACAUACAGGGAGGUAAAUCCAGCUCCUACGUGAAGUCGUAUAUCGAGAAGCACGGAGAUACAAUUGAUUGGGGAGAAUUCCAGAUCGAUGGAAGAUCUGCAAGAGGGGGUCAACAAUCGGCUAAUGAUGUUUACGCAGAAGCCUUAAAUUCUGGGUCUAAAACAACAGCCUUAGAGAUAAUUAGGGAAAAACGCCCAAAAGAUUAUUGUUCACGUUUUCAUAGAUUAAAUGCUAAUUUGGAUAGGAUAUUCCAGGCUCCACCUGCAAUAUAUGUUUCUCCUUUUGUAUCCAGUACAUUUAACAAUGUACCUGACAUUCUUCAAGACUGGGUUGAAGAAAACGUUGUUAGUGCCUCUGGAAGGCCUGACCGACCUAUGAGUAUAGUUGUAGAAGGUGAUACUAGAACUGGAAAAACAACAUGGGCUAGAUCAUUAGGCCCACACAAUUACUUGUGCGGUGAUUAUGAUUUAAGCCCAAAAACUUACAACAAUGAUGCCUGGUAUAACGUCAUUGAUAACGUUGAUCCGCGUUAUUUAAAACAUUUUAAGGAAUUCAUGGGGGCCAAAAGUGAUUGGCUGUACAAUAGAAGAUACGGAAAGCCCUUUGAAAUUAAAGGCGGGAUACCCACAAUCUUCCUUUGCAAUCCAGGACGCAACUCAAGUUAUAAAGAGUUUCUUGAUGAGGAUAAGAACGUAGCUAUUAAGUCCUGGGCUCUCAUAAAUGCAAUCUUCGCAUUCCUCACCCAGCCAUUAUUCAUCCCUGGUUCACCGCCAAGCCAAGCAAAUCAAGAUGAAGCCACGGAGGAAGAGGAUUGCUUGCUUUGA